AUGGGCUCCAACAGCACUCCGGGCUGGCGACGCCUGAGCGUGGGCGUCGUGGGCGGCGGCAUCGGCGGCAUGUCGGCAGCCAUCGCGCUGCGUCGGGCGGGCCACGAGGUGACCAUCUACGAAAAGUCAGACUUUGCCGGCGAAGUCGGCGCGUCGGUGUCGUGCGCGGCCAACGGCACGCGCUGGCUGCACGAGUGGAAGGUGGACGUGGCCAAGGGCGACCCCGUGGUGCUGCGCAAGCUCAUCAACCGCGACUGGAAGACGGGCGAGCCGGUGAGCGUGUACGACCUGAACGACUAUGAGGAGCGCUGGGGGCAUGUGUACAACAUGUUUCACCGGCAGGACAUGCACCGGAUGCUCAAGGAGUGCGCGCUGCAGGACGAGGGCGAGGGGACGCCGGCGAGGCUGGUCGUCAACCACAAGUGCCAGAGCAUCGACGUCGACGCCGGCGUCAUCAGCUUCGCCAACGGCACCACGGCGCAGCACGACCUCGUGGUCGGCGCCGACGGCAUCGGAUCCGCCGUGCGCGGCGAGCUGGGCAUCCGGCCGGCCAAGCGGCCCGCGGAGCAGAGCUGCCUGCACACCAACGUGACGACGGAGGAGGCGGUGCGGGCCGGGCUGGUCGACUACUCGCGGGACAGCGCGCUCGAGUACUGGGGCGGGCAGGAGGGCAAGUGGGACAAGAUCGUGCUGUCGCCGUGCAACGACGGCAAGCUGCUGUCGUACUACUGCUUCUUCCCGCGCGACCGGGGCGACUACGCGACGCAGACGUGGGCGGGCGAGGACCGCCCCGUCGAGGAGCUGCUGGCGCCGUACCCGGAGCUCGACCGCCGCGUCUUCGCGCACCUCGCCAUCGGCAAGGAGAUUCGCCCCUGGCGGCUGUGGCUGCACGACCCGUACCCGUACCUGUGCCGCGGGCGGGCGUGCCUGCUCGGCGACGCGGGCCACCCCAUGAUGCCGCACCAGAGCCAGGGCGCGUGCAUGGCCAUCGAGGACGCCGCCGCCCUGGGCAUCCUGUUUGGCGAGGGGCGCUUCCGCGGCGACGUCGCCGAGGCGCUGGCCGUGUACAGCGACGUGCGCCUGCCGCGCGUGACGCGGGUGCAGGCCGCGGCGGCCAAGGCGGCGUACAACAUCAAUGAGCGGAUAGGCUUCUCCGUCAACAAGGACACUCCGACAUACAAGGUCGAGGACCCCAAGAAGAUCCUGACCAUUGAGGAGAUGAACGCGUACGACAUGUUCAAGGACGUCGACGAGCAGCUUGCGGCGCGGCGCGGCGUCGCGUUUACGGAAAAGUACAUCAAGGGGCUGCCGAUUGGGCUCAAGCUGCCGAGCGGCAUCACGAUUGGGGAGUCGGAGUAG